UUCCUCUUGACGAAGAGGCUCGAAAGAUGACUGUGCUGAACACGCACCAAGGCUUGUACUGUUACAAUCGUCUGGCCUUCGGCAUUGCGUCCGCACCGGCUCUGUUUCAACGGCGCAUCGAGUCCCUCCUGCAAGGGCUCCCAAGGGUGCAAGUCUACUUGGAUGACAUCGUCAUCGCAGAAAAGAAACACGACACGUCGACACUCCGGCAGGUGCUGCAGCGGCUACGGGAAAACGGCCUGAAGUUAAACCGAGCCAAGUGCCGUAUCCGGGAGAAGCAAGCGUCCUUUUUGGGCCACAGAAUCGAUGCCCAAGGUCUUCAUCCGGAGCGGACCAACCUCGAGGCAGUGACCGAAGCUCCAAGACCGACCUCGCAGAUGGCCACCCUGACUACGCGGGACAGCCUGCUUCGCCAAGUAAAAGCCUGGAUUUACGCCGGAUGGCCGUCGCACCUGCGCCCGGAGCAGCACCAGUUCCUACCGUACUUCAGCCGCAGAUCUACCCCUAUGAAAGAGGGCAAGUCGCCAGCCGAGUUGUUGUUAGGCUUCAGGCCCAGGACAAGGCUAACCGGCUUCUUCUCGAGGGGCGAGGAAGCGCAGCACAGCGUGGUCGAGCCGCAAGCCCCGGCCACGACACCACCGCCAUUUUCGCCAGGAAUGCCGGUCUGGUCACGCCAGUUCCAGCCGAGGCGGAGAUGGCUACCGGGGACUGUGGUCUCCAGUGAGGGUCGGCGCAUGGUCACGCUACGCACACCGGACGGCCAACAGAGACGGCACCUGGACCAGCUGCGACCUCGAGACGCUUCAGGGUCCCCGGAAGGCGCUGACAAGGCACGUCGAGUCGCCGGCCGGUCGGAGGUGGGAGCAAGGCCGCCCAGCACCGACGAAAGAGAGGUCGCCACCAACGGCGAUCCCGAGGUGACGCCCACAGCAGACCCGGUUCCUCUCAGGCGCUCUACGCGCCUGCGGAAGCCGCCGGACCGUUUGAACUUAUAGGGGGGAGGGGAUGCUGUAUCGCCGUACGGCUGCGUCACCGCAACCAGGAGCGGCGCGUUCCAGCGCAUGCCCGUGCCGGACAUACGUCACCGGCGCGGGAGGUAAAAAGAGAGCGCUUGCCAAUAAACCACGUUUUUCAUGCCCCGGCCACCGGCGAGUCUGGUCGACGUUUCAGAAUGUACGGGAACGCGGACACAGCGAAACCUCUGAGCUAUUUAGCCGGCCAGAAAUUUUCAAUCGGGCUGUCUCAGCUUGUAAACGGUCUCAACGUGUAAACGAUAGUAGAUGUACGCUAUGACAAUCAGACUGUAUCAUGUAUUGUUUGUGUAGAUUUUGUAAAGUGCGUUACAAUUUCGAACGCGUACAUUGCAU